ACCCCGUCGUCGUCCGUCGUACCCUGCUUCCCCUGUCAGACAGACGUACAGACACACGUAAACGAGUUUCUUAUCUUUUACACUAUCCUUUUUUUUGCAGAUUAUGUCACCAACUUGUCAGCAGAAGUUUUGCAAUGCUUGGACUGGUAUUGAUUUGUGUGGAGUCCAAAGGCCGAAGACAAAGAUCAAUCUUGAAGACCGAUCUAUGUUAACCACAGACAGGAAACUUAAGAGCAGAACUUCUAGCUCCUUUACAAGCAAAGGAGUUGUCAAGUCAACAGAAUCCUCAUCUCCUCAGCUGAGAAAUUCAUCUGUUCUUUUGGACACGAAGAAAGUUGUUGACUUUUCACAAAGGCAGAUGCAUGAUAUAGAAAACAUUGCUGCAAAUCUUAUCAGCAGCUUAAAGCACAUGAGAAGUUUAGUGAACGAAACUUUGUCAUCGGAAGCACAUUCUUUGCUUCCCAGUUUUAACACUGCCGAGUUUCCCUGCAGGCUGGUAAAUCAGUGUCCGGUGCAUCCAUCGACGCCAACGGAGGCUACGACGCGGCGAGGUGAAGCAGGGGCAGACUCUGGCAGGUCGGGGACGAGGCCUUGGCGGGGUCGGGCGCAGGUCGUCGACGGCUGGCGCUCCGUUGGCGGGGUCGAGGCAGAAGGGAGCCGGUGCUCCGGUGGCCAGAGGCGGGUCGCGGCUGCGCGGAGCCUCCAAUGGACACCGUAGAUGGCCGGAGGGAGGAGGCUCGAUGGGCUCUAGCACGGCAUCGCUGCACUCGCAGGAGGCAGGCGUGGCUGGUGGAACCGUCCGCUUUGGCUGCCUUGGCUAACAUCGCCGCCACCCCGUUGUCGCUUGCUACUCCAGUGGCUCGUCUCCUCCACCUGCGCGCAAGCUACGCCCAAACAAGGCGUCGGAGCAAAGGAAAAGAGGGCGCACCGGUCGGAGCACGGCAUGCGCUCGGCCGACACCGGAGCGAAGCGUGUUUAAGGAGGAGCGAGAGAAAUGACAUUGGAUCUCGGCGCGGCCCCCCUUCGCACACAACCCAGCCCGCCCUGCUUUACCGUUUGGGAUGGAGCAUGGGCGCGUCGGUUUGUGUGACUGGAGAGGAGAAGAAGGGGAGCAGCGCUGCUAGGGGACGGGGCGGCGGCAAGCCAUGCAUGGGCGGAUGUUGAUAGAGAGAAGAUGAAGGAGCACCGCUGCUAGAGGAAUGGCGAUGCGGAUAAGGGUUGCUAUCCUUGAGUGGGAGAUUGCUCUCGGUGGGGAGAUUGCUUUUUUAAAUGGCUGCACCUACGAGAAGUUGCUGGAGUGCUAACAUGUUUACAAUAUAUUUUUUAAGUGAGCAUCCAUUACAAUUACUUGUUUUUGUUUGUUGUUAUUGUCAUAUAACAUUAUCAGAUACAAUAUUACACAUAAAUAUUUUUUAAGGAAAAAUAUAUUUGAAGCCCA